GAUGUUUUCUUAUGAGUUGAGAUCCCCCUCUUUGAGCGGUUUGGACCAGUUAAUUACCGAAUUAAAAAAAAAAAAAAAAGAAAGAAAGGGUGAGCAAGGUCUACAUUCAGAAUCCGACUACUUUACCAAAACUCCAACACGCGCCCACCCUCACAUUCUACUUUUCCCACCUCUAAAAUUUCGCACAACCACACCACAGCCCUUCGUUGUUCCUUCUCAGUGAGCACAUCAACCUUUACCAACAUUCCAGUCGACUCUACUAACUUUUAUCAAUUCCCUCCUCUUACCCAUCAUCUUCAUUUCUCCUCUUAAUUAAUCAAAAUCCAAUUACCAAUUACCAAAAGAUAUGACACUUUUAUAUUAAUCAGCAGAAUCAGAAUAAAAUGAGCCGGCCGGCGGUGCACCCGGUGGAAGCGCCGCCGCCAUCAAUCGAGAACGUGGGAGUACAACCAGGACCCAGAGUCAGAAUGAAAGAUCUUCAAGGCAUGGCGGGUACACCUGGUGGUCUUGUGCUGCGUCUUUUUCAAUCUUUCUUCGCUAUUGGAGCUCUUCUUAUCAUGUCCACCACCUCCGAUUUCCCUUCAGUUACUGCUUUUCGCUACCUCGUUGCAGCUUCUGGCUUGCAGAUUAUCUGGAGCCUUUCACUGGCGGUCCUUGAUAUAUAUGCUAUAUUAGUCAAACGUAGAUUCCGCAAUCAUCAAGCUGUCAGCUUUUUUGCUGCUGGCGAUGGGAUCACUUCUACCCUCAUAUUUGCUGCAGCAUGUGCAUCUGCGGGCAUCACUGUCCUCAUUGGCAAUGAUCUGGGUAGCUGUUCAAAGAAUCACUGUGCUCAAUUUGAAACUUCGACAGGCAUGGCUUUCAUGACUUGGUUUGCUGCUUUACCUUCUUUUUUAUUGAAUUUCUGGUCAUUGGCUUCUCGAUGACGAAAUUGGAGUCUGGUAAGAAGUCAUAUUAAAUCGCCUCUGAGGAACACAAGUCCAUUCAUGCCUGGACCAUAUGUGUAUAGCUUUAUGUAUAUUGUGGUCGAAUCUGCUAUUUUUGAAGAUACAGUUUUGUGGGUUUUUGCCUUUUUGGUUUAGGUUUCCUGCGAGUUGGAGGUAAAUGUUGGUUGGAAAUUUGUAGUGCUUUUUGAUCUGUGUUAUCAAUGUUAUGGAAAGUAAUGCGAUCCUUUUGUCAA